AUGCAUUCCAAACCAGCUGAUAUUACACUACAAGACUAUAUUCGUCAAAUUACCCAAAAUCUCGCGUUCAAAUCGAACGAGGCGACAUGUGCUGUAAAUACAUGCACAACGGAAAUCCCAUACAAACAGAACCACGUAUUAGACAGUACGCGCGAGAAUCUCGAAUGGAGAAAACGUGCACUGGCAGAAAUAGAAUCUCUUAAACAAAAGUUAUCUAUUGCCGAACUUGAAAUAGAAUCAAAGAAUCAACUUUUGAAAAGGCGUAAAACAAAAACAGAGCCGGAAUCAGAUUGUGAUCCGAGUAUGACUCGUACUUGUCCAGAGGCAACUCAAGUUCUAAAAACAUGCAUCGAUGAUGAUAACUGGGCCACAUUUAGCGAUAUCGAAUUUCCCUUUAUUUACCACGACGUAUCACAUGCAACAUCCUUUCUUCAAUACAUACAAUCAUUCAAUAUCCACUAUUCAUCAUUUCGCCAGACAGCAUCGGCCGCGUCAAUCGAUGCCAUGCAAAGGGCAAUAGAGAAAAUUAUUUCUUUCAUGGAAGUUAAGAUUGAAAGUAUGGUCGUCCAAGAAACUAGAAAAAUGGAGACAAAGUUGAAACGAGCUCAAGGACAAAUUGAAAAAACUGGUGAGAAAAGAGCGGAAGCAGGGAAAGAAGGGAGUUAUUCCACAUCACCAACCAAAGGAGACGAAGAAAAAGAGAAUCAAUUCGAGAUUAUUUUCGAAACGUGUCUGAAAAGAUUUGGUGACACUAUAAGAAAGCUCUGCGUUAUCGUACCGGUCACACACUUUCCCUACCAGUCACUCCAUUCUACCCUUCCUCGUUUGAUCUCGCUCCUUUAUCCUCUGUCAUUUCUUAACCAUCAUUGCUGUUUCAACUUGCUGCAAAAUCUGCAGCGCGAUCCACGAGAAUGUUUAGUUAGAAUGAUUGUGGACAUCGGAACGUUUGAUGGAAGUAUUGGGAAGAGUAUAGUAGAGACCGUUAUUCAUGAGAUGACGAUUAUCUGUGAAGGAAGGGGACAAGAAAAGAUCGAGGAUAGGGAGGAAGAAAGUAAGGGAGAUUAUCAUGGCGCCACCUCAGAAAAUGAGGAGGAAAUGAUGUGGAUUGUAGACAAUACAUGUUUUUAUUUAUUAUGGAUCCUUGAAGAAAGCUCUCCUACUUGGUGGACAGCAACCUCCGUGCAACAGUUACUUUCUCUGUUGUCUCAGUCUGUAAUGAUCAACAUCACCUCCGCCGAGUCGCAUACGCUUUUAAACGCUACAUUUGAGAAAUACCUUUGGAGUUUAUGCGAAAAAGUAUGGAUAGAUGUGGAUGAGUUUGCAACUGCGGAUUAUAUCGUUGAUAGUCGCAUUGGACAAGACUGA